AUGGCCAUGGUCUCCUAUCCGGAAACAGUUGACCGUACACACGCUCCUCCUCCAGCUUCGUCCUCGUCACGUCUCUCACAUUCUAGUCGACGGCAUCGCCAUGGUCGGUCGCAUCACGGUGGAUCUUCGUAUACCGCGCAAAAUGAAUUCCCAAUAUUUGCGCAUACGGGUGACGUCGAAAUAGUCAUUGCAGCAGGAGGACAGGAAAAACGAUAUUUGCUACAUCGUCUUAUCUUAUCGCAAUGCUCGGGCUUCUUCGAAGCAAGUACUAGUGAGGAAUGGUCGCGUUCUCAGGCCCAGGCAGAGUCAGCCAGCGCUGCUGUCGAUUCCGAUCCUAGUUUGCAGAGCAUUGCUGAAGAUGGUUCCUCUAUUCUGUCACGCCGGGGUAGCGCGCAGGGGUCGUCUAUGCCGCCGAAGCUAAGAUGGAGAUACGAACUCGACUGGCAGAAUAAAGAGUCGGACGAAGAUCCGAUCUUGGUUCAGAAGCCCCCGACGUCCGAUCCGAUCUUCGCAGUACAGUCGUCAUACUCCAUCCCACCACCUCAAUCGAUUACAAAGCCAGUUGCACCGCGAGCAGGAUUCUUUCGAUCUGUAGCCAACCUCGCCGGCAUGCAAUCAGCUGUGCAUAUACCUUCGAAUGCCGUGGUACCGGAUGCACAGACGCAUCCACUUAUUCGCGAUUAUGACAACCUCUUUCGGAUAUUCUAUAAUUUCGCACCGAUCUUGAAUAGUGUGAAUAUUGCUACUGCAUACUCGGAAUGCAAAGCUUUGCUCGGGCUGGCGGACAUGUAUGAUGCGCUCGGGGUGGUUGGGUCUCGUAUCGACCAUCAUUUGCUCCGGUUUUCGUCUCGAUUAUUCAAGCAGAUUGCAAAGUAUCCCCCGAGUUACCUCAAGUUGGGUUAUUUAGCUCGCAGCCGUGUCAUAUUCACGGAAGCCCUCAUACAUGUGGUUGGACAAUGGCCAGCGGCACAGGCCCAGCUGAAUAAUGGUUCAUUCUCACCCUUGCCUGAUACUGUUCUGGAUUUGAUCGAGGAUAAGGUUGAUGACUUAGAGGAUCUCAAAACUCGAAUUGAUGCUAAAUUGUUCCGUCUCACCUUGACAACGUCUCGAGGUGAACGCGUCAGUCCGUCUAAUGCGUACCUAGACUGGCUUGCGGUUUCUCUCUUUCGACAGUGGUUUGUCGAGAAUACAACACCACCGCCGGCACCUAUAUUGAAGAAUUCGGGAGAGAGUCGGUCUGUUUCCGCCAGUGCUGACACUCGACGCUCCGCUGGCACUCCUAUCCCUUCAGGUCGCGUCUAUAGACUUAUUGGUUCGUCCUCGUCAGAGGCCUAUCUGCCUCACGACGAACUCAAACGAUUUCUCAAACUGAAGGCUUCAUCUACAUCUGAAUCGCUCUACACGCGCGAUAACUUCAAGCGCUUCGAACGUAAGAUGGAUGAAAUCAAGCGCCUAGCACGAGAAGUAGUGAAACCUCUGAUAAGAAACUUCCUUGAGCUGGACCUCAAAGGAAGUGAUCACAGCGGAGGCUCCGGGGGAAGCGGAGUUGGAGACGGUGGUAUUGGAGGUUUACCGUAUUUGACAUGCACUCGAAUUGAGGAGGCCGAUCUUCCAUGGAGAUAAUGAUGCGCUGGACGCAUUAAUAUGAUUCCUUUUUCUGCUACGACGUGAUUUUGAUGAUUGAUGUUGAUGAAAUAUGAUAUCCCGGUUGUUAUGGUAUUUUCAUUUUAUGUUUACAGUCUGGUUGCUGCCAUGACGAUUUGAUUUGAUUUGUUACUUUCAUAAUACAACUUUGAAGUCACGCAUAUAUACCCACAGGCAAGCAUUGGAACAUCAGAUGUAAUAGUUGAU